AUGACCACCAUCGCGAGGGUGUGGACAUGCUUUGCGGCGGUCGUCUCUCCAGCACCGAUCUCGGUUGAAUUAUCGUUACCACGGAAAAGCCCAGUUGUCUAUGGCGAGCCCAUAGGCGACCGCACAAUCUAUGUCAUCUACAUCUUUGCCCUCUAUACCUUUUCUAUCGGAUUCGUCUUCUCUGCCGCGGUCGUCAACAAUGGCCUCGGUCUUACCACGGAUGGCAGCUACAAAGCUUCGGUAAUGCUAUGUCUCAUGUUCUAUGCAGCCAGCAAAGUAUCGAUGUAUCUCUUCCUCGUCGAGCGGGCUCACAUACUACGAGCUCCUUACGCACCCCGAUAUAAAGACUUAUUGUGGUUGCUCAGCACCAUCGCCAUCGUUGUGUGUCUGGGUGCCAUUUGUAUCGCCGGCAUUGUCUCACCCAAGUACGUGCUUUCAGGGGUGGAUGGACGCUGUCGUAUAGGUCUCCAGCGUUACGCAGCCAUCCCGCUGUUGACGUGCGACAUUGUCAUCAUCCUUUACCUUACAACCGUCUUCAUCUAUCUUCUGAGCCCUCUGGUCAAGGAUGAUACAAGUUCCGGUACUGGUGUUGUAAACCGGGUGACACUGUGCAUCAGCAAGACUUUGGGUCGAGUACAGCAGAAAGCCACCAUGGACCUUCAUCGAUCGAACAAAGCGCUCGUCAAGAGAGUCGAAACUCUACUCCAGAAGACUUUGAUUGGAUGUGUCUUGGUCAUUCUUCCCACUGGCGGUAACCUUGCGGCUAUCUGCAUCCUGGUUGGGAAAGAAUUAGCUUUUGUAAGUCCAGACCUCGAAGACCCAAACGAGGCAUCCCAAUCUAACAUCUUGUUCCUAGAUCUGCCUCACUUUGUGCACUUUUGA